GUAAAAUGCGCCACGAGAGUCGGUUUCUUAGAACCUUUGGAAACCAAAAAUAUUUCUCAAACUCCAACGUCAAUCAAAACCAUUAUCCCCAAUUCAACUCCCAUCGAUCGCGGUUAGGCACGGAAUUUCUUACACCGCUCCGGCGAGCUUCCAUCGGCGGUUCUCUUCUGUGCGGUUGGCUUCGCUUCUCUGAAUAAGAAUUACUUGCUUCCUUCAUCGAUUUCAUCGUGAAGAAGAAUCUGUCUUCUUUUCUGCUUUGGCACAUUAUUUGUGGAGAUUUGGUACAUCUGUUAUCAUGGGUGCUGCAUCACAUUCGAUAGAUAACAAGGGGGAUCACCUACCAAGAGAAGUAAAAGAGAUUCUCCAAUCGUUGGCAUCUGACUGGGAAGAUGUUCUGGACUCAAGAGCUUUGCAAGUUAUCCCUCUAAAGGGUGCAAUGACCAAUGAGGUUUUCCAAAUAAAAUGGCCAACCAGGACAGAAAAAGUCUCACGAAAGGUUUUAGUUAGGAUAUAUGGUGAAGGAGUGGAGGUAUUCUUUGAUCGGGAUGAUGAGAUUCGGACCUUUGAGUUCAUGUCAAAGCAUGGACAAGGACCUCGUCUGCUGGGAAGGUUUCCGAAUGGGCGAAUUGAAGAGUUUAUCCAUGCACGGACACUAUCAGCAUCUGAUUUGCGUGAUCCAGAGAUAUCUGCUCUUAUAGCAGCUAGGAUGAGGGAGUUUAAUGAACUUGACAUGCCUGGUCCCAAGAAAGUUUACCUGUGGGAUAGAUUGCGGAAUUGGCUCAAUGCAGCCAUGACCUUGUGUCCUCCAGAAGAAGUUAAAGCCUUUCACUUGGAUGUCAUUAAGGAGGAAAUCUCUUUAUUGGAGAAGGAACUCACCAGGGACUAUCAGCGCAUAGGCUUUUGCCAUAAUGAUUUGCAAUAUGGUAACAUAAUGAUCGAUGAGGAAACUAAAUCAAUAACCAUAAUUGACUACGAGUAUGCUAGUUACAAUCCUGUUGCAUAUGAUAUUGCAAACCACUUCUGUGAGAUGGCUGCUGACUAUCACACGGAAACACCUCAUAUAUUAGAUUUCUGUAAAUAUCCUGGUUUGGAGGAGCGCUUGAGAUUUCUGCAUUUGUAUCUUAACUCUUCAGGUAAUGAACCAAGCAAUGCUGAAUCAGAAUUGGACCAGCUGCUUCAAGAUGUUGAGAAGUAUACUCUAGCAAGCCAUCUGGUUUGGGGGUUAUGGGGAAUAAUAUCGGAACAUGUAAAUGAAAUUGACUUUGACUACAAGGAAUAUGCCAGGCAGAGGUUUGAACAGUAUUGGUUGCGCAAGCCUGACCUGUUGGGUUCAUCUGGAAUCCCUUCUGAUUGUUUGGCUAAGGGUAAAAAAACAAGCACCAAUGGCAAAUGAUCAUAAAAAAUUCCUCUAUUCAAAGGAAAAGGAUUUUAAUUUGGCUGAAAGGACAGGCUAGUUUCUUAUUCUUGCCACUCAUUUAUAUUUCAAAACUGAUUGAAGACAAAAAAAAAAUUGUUAUUCGUCUGCAGACAUUGAAAUGCAGUGCACGGAUGAAAUAAAGCAACCGUUCAUCAACUCUUCAGUUGCAGCAAUCGGUGUUGCCUUAUACUGAAGAUCCUCUACAUAUUUUCGUACUUCUCUCUUGUUGGAGCGCUGUAGUUGAAGAUAACUGCUUCUAUGAUUUUUAUGGAUUUUGGUCAACAAAUUAAAUCAGUUCGUGGUAGUUUUUAUUUGAAUAAUAUCUGAAUGUACCUUUUCUUAGAGGACGUUGGUGAGUUUGGCUGAGUGGAAUUCAGAUGAUAAAACCAUGUUGUUACAUGUAGAUAAUGGGUACAUUUUGUCUCGUUUAUUUAUUUAUUUAUUUUCCCCUAAAUCACAGAAGAUUUCUCUGUUCUAAGUACUCUACCCCUAAUUGAAGU